AUGAGAGAUGCAUUCCAGUUUGAAGUACUGCAAACACAGCAUGAAGAAAUUAAACAGAAGCUGAAAGCAAUGCAGGAUGAAAUUCUUACUAAAAAUGGAGAAAUAAAAAUUUUGCGUGACUCAAUGCAGCAGAUGGAGCAUGCUAUGGAGGAACAGAGAAGAUCAUACAUGAUAUUGGAACAGCAAAAAUCUCAGACCUUGAGUGAAAAAGAAAAAGAGUUCUCCAAAAAGUUACUGUCACUACAGUCAGAGUUGCAGUUCAAAGAUGCAGAAAUUAAUGAAUUAAGAACACGACUUCAGAACUGUGAAAGAAAUAAACAAGUUACUCAGUCAGUUUUAACACCAAGCCCUAAAAAGAAUUUUGCAGUACAAGUGAAAUCAGAAGGAUGUUCUCCACAGCCUGGAAAAAGAUCUUUUCCUACAAAGGAAUCCUUCAAUGCUGCAACGUCCACUAGACCAUCACAUUCUUCAGGAAAUUUGAUUGUCCUGACUGCUUCGAUCAAAGAAGACAGUAAAAUAACUCAUUCUGAAGUUUUAUCCAUGAAGCAUGAAGGAAUGGGAAAAAACGGUUCCUACAACUCUGUACCUAAACAAAAUGUACAAGGUUCUAUCUUACUAAAUGCACUGAUGAAGCAGCCCAUUGUCCCUGGGUCAUUACUAGGACUCUGCCAUCUUCUUAGCAGUAACUCUGAGCCUCUACCUGGAGCUGUAUUGCAGCCUAACUGUUUGGAUAUGAAGUCCACACAAGUACCCAGCAGCAAGACAACUCAAGAAGAAAUUGCUGCUCUUGUAUCCCUGCGAGAAGCUCAAAAACUUGCAAUAACAGGAUUGAAUUUGAUUGCUAUGGACGAAGGAUUAUCUGAAGCAAGCCCAAGAGAAAGCCAGAGAGAGUUCUUGUACCUCACACGCUGCAAGAUCCGAGGCGCUGUGCAUCUCUUGCCAUUGGUAGAACACCAUAUUGGUGCAUACUGUCAAGCGGUACAACUGGCGGACAAGCCAGUAAAUGGUUCUUGUGGAAACCAUUCGGCUGUUUCUUCCAGAACCAACACUAGUAUAGUGUCAAGUAAGGAGGACUUCAGGUUGUCUCUUGAAGAAACUACAGUUAUAUCACUGGGUAUUCUUUAUUAUUUGGCAUUUUAUAGCUGGGAUGUUGUCCACACAUUGCUGUCUGCUGAAGUGGAAAAAAGUUCUGCUGCCGGAGAUAAACGGGUUUCCAAGAUGGACAAAAAUGUGUUGUGUGAUAAUAAGGAAGAUACCAGGACACAAGCAGGGCUGCCUGUAGCUCCACAGGAUGCUCCCAGUAACAAUGAAGCUCAACAUUCUUUGUUUAAAAAGCUACUUCAGGUUUUAGCUUUUUCUGCUGCAAGAGGCUCCCAGACGGAUAGUAUACUGAACCAAAGCCUCAAAGUUUUGGUGAAAUUAGCUGAAAAUUCAACAAUGGACUUGCUAACAAAUUUUCAGCACUUACUAAGUAGACAGAUACUGCUCCAUUGUCUGUGUCCAGAGACCCCUUUGCCUGCUGUCCUUUUGACCGUGAGACUGUUGACUAUUCUUUCUCAACACCACAUGUUGGUUGCUCAGCUUUGUUCUCAUUCAGACACCUGCCUUCUUCUUGCACUGUACAUGUAUAUUACAUCAAGACCAGAUAAAUCGGCAUCUGAAAUGCUUUGGCUUCAGCUGGAAGAAGAGACAGUGAGACUCCUGACAAGGUGUAUGCAGUGUUCCAGUCCAACAGUUUUAUUACCUGGUACUGACUGCCAAUGCAAUCUUGAGGUGGUUAAGGCACUAAUCAUAAUGUUACAUAGACAGUGGAUGAAGAUUAGAAGAUCUGAGAACAGCUCAUGUGCAUAUAAGGAACAAAUUAUUCAGUUUUUACGGGAUGCUGUUUUACUCUUACACAGCCUAUCUCAGAAAGAUAAACUGUUUCACGAACACUGUUUGGAAGUUCUCCAUCAAUAUGACCAAGCCAUGCCAGGCAUAAGAGCCAUUCUCAAAAAGACUCAAAAAUUGAGUGCCUGUGAAGAGCUGACUUUGGAUGAAUUGUAUCCUCCUGAGCCAGAAGCAGAAGACUAAGGAAUGGACUCCAGCUAG